AUGCUUAAUGUUCUAAAAUUUCAUGAAUUUCUGUACCAGGGAGUGAAAUCCAAGAACAAAAGAGCUCUAUCAUAUGAUAAAACUGAAGAUGUUGAACUUCCAACCAAGAGAAUAUGCACAAGUCAGCGGAAAAAACAGGCAGUGUCUCUCUCCAAAUCUUCCUUGGAAAAAACUCCAUCAAGAAGUGCACAUUCGAAUGAUGAUCUUUUUUCAGAUUCGUCAUCUGAAGAACUUCAAACCCUAUCCAGAAGAACUGUCCUAAGGCAUCAGGAAGAAGAAGUUUUGAUUCAUGAAUCAAAGGGAGUGAAAUCUGAGAACAAGGAAGUGCCAUUGUAUGACAAAAUUGAAGUUGAUGCUUUUUCAACCAAGAAAUUAUACACAAUACAACAGGAAAAAAAGUCAUGUCCCUUCUCUAAAUCUUGCUUGGAAACAGCUCCAUCAAGAAAGGCACAUCAGAAUGAUGAAGAUGUGUUUUCAGAUUCUGAAGAAUCUGAGGAAUGUAUUCCACUAUUGAGAACUAACCAGAGAAACCAGGAAGAAGGCGCUUUAGUCAUUUGGGAUAACUUAGAUCCUGUGCAUAGCUGCAAUCCAGGGGUGGCAGAAAAUCUCAAUGUGAUAUUGUUACAUGAUUCUUCAUAUUAUGAUGGUUGUAAUGCUGAUGAUGGUGAAGACAGCUCAGGGUUACUGGAAGUGGAACCAUUGAAUGUGGACAAUGGAGAUAGUGUUUAUGAUUUGUCACAGAUGGAUGUUUCAUCAUCUCCUCCAACAGGAGAGGUGAAAAUUCCCUUGAUUGGUACCUCUUCUCCACAGUAUGAUUUCCAUCUGCCAAAUUGUGAUGCAGCGGUAGAAGUGGUGGAAGGGAGAUGCAUAAAAUCAUAUAGGAAUGGGGAAUCCCAUUUGGCAAUACAAAUUAAUUCCACUGUUGAUAAAAAAACAAGACUCAGAGAUUCACCGGAUUUAAAAAUUUCCAAUGCACAAGAUGUUCUUGCCAGAAAAGAUGAUUACCAACGAGAUAAUUGCAGUGCCCCAAGUUUUCCUAGUGAAGUAUUUGUAUUUCAGAAUCUUAUCAAGAUUGUACCCCACAUACCAAAACAUAUAGUUUUCAGUGGAUUUGAAUGUCUCAACCACUUAAUUGGUUUUACAACUGAGGACAUUGAAAAAAUUUGUGGUGAAAGUGGAAAGAGAUUAAAGGUUCUCCGAGGGCUACAAUCUUCAAAAUUAUGCAAGGUGGAGGCUGCUCAGAACCACCAUUCUUCACUUGGAGUUGUAAAGUCCUGUGUUUAUAUUGAUGACAUAACUAGAGGUGAAGAAAGAGUGAAAAUUUCCCUGGAAGAUGGAAGCAAUGUUGAAGAUCUGCCAACCUUCUUUUACAUCCCUCGGAAUUUAGUUUAUAAGAAUGCCUAUGUGAAAUUUUCACUUGUUCGUAUAUCUGAUGAGGGUUGCUGUCCGCAUUGUUAUGGGGAUUGUCUGGCAUCACCGAUACCAUGUAUCUGUGCUAUUGAAACUAGGGGUGGGUUUGCUUACACACCCGGGGGAUUGGUCAAGGACAAGUUUCUGGAAGACUGUAUAUCUAUGAAACAAGAACCUAAAGAACACCACUACGUAUAUUGUAAAAAAUGCCCACUUGAAUGCUUUAAAAACAAGAAGAGUCCUGUGGCAUGCAAGGGCCAUUUAUUUAGGAAAUUUAUAAAGGAAUGCUGGUCUAAAUGCGGAUGUAAUGUGAACUGUGGAAACCGGAUUGUUCAGCAAGGCAUUACUGUGAAGUUGCAGGUGUUUUUGACGCUCGAAGGAAAAGGGUGGGGCCUUCGAACACUGGAGGACUUGCCGAGAGGGGCUUUUGUCUGUGAAUAUGUUGGAGAGAUGGUUACCAAUACAGAACUAUAUGAGCGAAAUAUGCGUGUUGGUAAGAAGCAUACAUGCCCGGUGCUACUAGAUGCAGACUGGGGUUCAGGGGGUGUCUUAAAAGAUGAAGAGGCACUUUGCUUAGAUGCUACAGUUUAUGGAAAUGUUGCAAGAUUUAUCAAUCACAGAUGUUUUGAUGCUACCUUGGUUGAGAUCCCUGUUGAAGUGGAGACCCCAGAUCAUCACUAUUAUCAUGUUGCCCUUUUCACAACAAGGAACGUUGCUGCUAUGGAGGAGCUCACUUGGGACUAUGGCAUUGACUUUGAUGACCGUGAUCAUCCUGUGAAGGUUUUCCAGUGUCUCUGUGGAAGCCCAUUUUGUCGUGGCCGCAACCUUUAAAGUACUUCAAGCAUAAUUUCAU